UGGAUUUUUGCCAUCUGAAGAGCAAAUGGUAAGUUUUUCACGCAACCCUUUGGGUAGGGAAAAAAAUUGGUAUGAUCAUGAAAUGAUAACCCACCACGGAACUGCUCCAGAGGGGGAACCAUCGCCAACACCUCAAGAGAAAGGUACAUGUGUUUCAAAGGCAAAGGGUAAAGGAAAAGUAGGAAUUGGGAGUGAAAAGAAUAAAGAAUUCCGACAGAUUCCUCAGCGAAACGAUCCACUCAAGUUGUGGAAGUGGAUUUGCGGUGUUACGCUCUACAUCGCUUCACCAGAUGACCAGGAAGUCAAGUCAGCCAAUGGACCCAAGAUCUCAAAUUUCCUCGCAAUACUUGCCGCAAACAUCAGUCAAACUGCUCAGGAGCCUUGGCAAGCUAGAACCAGGAGAAUAUGCACAUGA